AUGCUACAUUCAACAUCAGCACAAAGUCUAAGUGCAACCCCAGCCAGCAGUCAAAGCGGGGCAGGUACAUCACUAUCACCCGUUCUAGGACCAUCAUAUGCAGGUGUAGGCAUUGAACCCACAAAUCUGUUCGAUUAUCUAGGAACGACUAUAGCCAACAACUUGACAUAUAAUCUUUUGAGCACUCUUGGAGGAUAUACAGGUGUACCACCACACUUGAGAAUAGGUGGUAAUUCAGGCGAUAAUAUCAUCUACAAUUCUGGCUCACAAUAUAAUGGCUAUCAAGUUUACAACAAUCCUUCUGCUUCUGGUCCCGGAACGAUUAAAACAGAUGCAUAUAUCGUCGGAUCGGGUUAUUACCAAGUGAUGAAUUUGUUGCCAAAAGGAACUCCUAUCACUUAUGGAUUGAAUAUGGCAUACGAAGGCACAGAUUAUCUCACUCAAAUCGAAAAUCAAGCAAACGUAGCAGUAACAACGCUCAAGAAUGCAACUUUAGUAGGAUUUGAAAUCGGAAAUGAGCCGGAUCUUUAUGUGCAAAACGGUUACCGUCCAAGCGGUUGGACAGCAACCAAUUUCGGAACGGAAUGGGCAGGUCGUGUAUCUGCAAUUUACUCGAAUGUGUUGCAAAAGAUGAAUCUUCCGACAAACUUCUUUGAGCCACCAGCAACAGCAACAACAGCAACCAAAAGCGGUCAACAAUACAGAAUUAGUAACUUGGUCAACACAGAUGUCGCCACACAAAACGGUAUCUAUGUUGCCGGAUGGAAUCAACACGAUUAUUAUUACUACGUCAAUGUGAGCGAUUACACACUAACGCUCUCUUUACUGUUGGAUACGUCAACUUUGGUUACUCAAUUGACCGAGUGGAAAGGACAAGCAGCUCAAGCAGUUGUGACUGGAAAACCCUACUAUCUCCGUGAAUUUGGUAGUGUUGGACCGACAGGACUUCAAGGAAUCACAAACGUUUUCGCCAAUACUCUUUGGACCUUGAAUGCGUUAUUGUAUUGUGCAACGAUUCAAAUGAACUCUGUCCAAAUUCACAUGACUUCCAAUUCAUACGCUUCUCCUUGGCAACCGAUUCCCUUCAACGGUGAACAACCUCAUGUUCGGACCACAUAUUAUGCUUUUGCCGCACUUGCACAAGUGAUCGGUAAGAGUUGUACUACAAGGGUUGCGCCUGUCACGUUGAACAACGUUCCUUCUGCUUAUACGAACAACGUCAACGUUUAUGCCGUUUAUCAAUUUGGUAACUUGCGUAGUUUGGUGAUGAUCAACACAAAAGCAUCUUAUUCGGGCUCAACUGGAGGAACGAUGAACUUCCAAUUCAACUUACCUUCGCAAUCCGGACAAACACUUCAUCUUUCUACCUUGACUGCAGCAGGAGUUGAUUCUACGUCCAAUACAACAUGGAAUGGAAUCAGUUAUGAACAAUCGGGAGAUGGAACGGCAACGGUGACCGAUUCAAGUGAUCAUACCGUUCAAAUCAGUUCUUCCGGUAGUAUUUCUAUCCCUGUUCGUGAUUCACAAGCGGUUGUUGCUGCUUUUAAUGGUAAAGUGGGAGAUGAACAAAAUGUUGAUACGAGUGCUUGUCAAACUUUAGCCACUAAACCUGAAGGAGGAGAAAAUACAGGUCAAACACAAUCUGGUGAUGCUUCUUCUGCUCCUGUUUUUGGUGCAAGUAGUCCUGCUCCUACUUUCAAGGCAACGGGUGGAUUUAUGAGCUCUGCAAAGAUGGACAGUACCGUUCCCACGUUUGCCAUUCUGAUUCCCACGAUUUUGUGCAUUCUACUGCAGGUUUUGAGAUUGGAUUAG